AUGGGAACAUCGGCGGCAAUUGAAAAAUGUGCUUCAUCUGCUUAUCAGAAAUGGAUUACGUCCACAGUACGUCAGUGCAACACAUCCACGGAUACAAUUGAGGAGAUCAUCUAUUCGCUAUCCACCUAUAUGCAAUCUCAGUUUAUCGAUCGUUCGGACCCGACAACGCUUUCUGAGGAGCAAACUCGUAUCUACGUAGGAUGUGCUAUCGUUUUAAGCAAUUUGAUGUUGCUUGUAUUCCUGAACUCCCGAGCUGUAAUGCGUCGACGAUAUAUAUUCUUCACAUUAGUUAGUAUCGGUGACAUCCUGGACGGUUCCUAUUUGAUCUACCCUAGCAUCAGACGAAUUUCUGAAAUGGCCGCCGGCACAUUUACGGGAGGAACCUCGUUGUGGGGAUGUGCCAGCCGCGGUUAUAUGGUAUUUCGAAUCUAUGGCACUGAACUUGUCUCGUUAACGAUGCUUAUUAUGGCCGCUGAGAAAGUUUUCGCCGUACUAUUCACAGUAAUUUAUCGACGCUAUGCCACAAAUAGAGCCCGUUUCUCAGCUGCUUUCGCCUGUUUACUUAUUUGUUUACUUUCCCUAAUUACCAUGUUCCUCACAUCAUAUUUCGAUCCCAGGGUUUCAGUACAAGAGGAUAAGUAUUGUGGGAUUUCUGGAAGUGUCGUUGAGGAAUUCGCACAAUUUCAUCAAUUCUUUAAUCUGUCAUGUCAAAUUGGAGGAUUUUUGGGCUCAGCGUUCGCGUUCCUUGUCGCUAGAAGCAUAACAAAACAGGCGAACGCAAGAGAGAUGAGCUCAAUAAAGCCAAUUCUUGUGGUCAGCUUCAUAUCGUGCAUCGUUAUCUCAUCGAAUAACAUUAUCUACAUACUCAAAAACUUUGCAGAAUUGGACAUUACAAAAUCUCAACAAAACUAUGUAGUCACCUAUUCUUCUGCAGUAUUUCAGGUAUCAAAAUUCGCUCUCUACAUACUUACGGGUCAGGAAUUUCGGGAUUGUUUACGAAAUGUUAUCAAGGAUAAGAACUGUUCUGAGCAAACAGUGUUUGUGAACCAAGUAUCCACGGUUAAAGCAAAUUCAUCAAGAAGAUAA